AAAAAAAAAAAGUGGCUGUGUGGCUACAUCAUUCAACAACUACAUCCCCCUCUCUCUCUCUCUCCAACUCGUUCCCUGGCAUAAUAUAAGAUUCAUAACCCAAACUCCACCUCCAGCAACCCAGUAAAAAUAUUAGCCAAAGAUUCCUUAAAAAGAACCUUAAACAACAUUAAACCCCAUGUGUUCUUUCUCUUCAAUCAUCUUCAUCUCUUUCUUUCUACUGCAACAAAACACAGCUGCUGACAAAAUCACAGCUACCAAGUUCCUAACAGACCCUGAAACUAUAGUCUCCAGUAAUGGUGCUUUUAAACUGGGUUUCUUUAGCCCCCCUAACUCGACAUACCGUUAUGUUGGGAUCUGGUACAACAAACUCCCUACGAAUAACGUUAUGUGGGUUGCUAACAGGAGCAACCCUCUGAAUAAUUCUUCUGGUGGAGCAAUCAAAAUUUCAGAGGAUGGUAAUCUUCGAGUCCUGAAUGCUCGAAACCAGACAGUCUGGUUCUCAAAUGUUACAAUCUCCAGCCAAACUAAUAGAAGUGUUGUAUCAAAAGCGCGGCUCUUAGACUCCGGCAACUUAGUUUUGAUGGGAGUUGAGGGGAUGAUCUUAUGGCAGAGUUUUAAGCAUCCAAGUGAUACAGCUUUGCCAAAUAUGAAACUAACUGUCACUAAGGAUUCUGAUAGGACGAAGAUGUUACAGGCAUGGAAUGGCCCGUCAGACCCGUCUUAUGGGAGGUUCUCUGUUGGCAUCGAUUCCUUUGCCUUCCCUCAACUUAUCAUAUUUGAUGGGGAUCAGCCCUACUGGAGGAGUGGACCGUGGAAUGGCCACAUCUUUACUGCAAUACAAAAUAACGAGACUGACGAUUACAUUGAUGCAGGGUUCAUUCUUGAGAAUGACAGGCAAGGCACCAUUUCAUUAACAUAUUCUUCUACUAAUCAGUCAGUGAUCUCAAACUACGGGUUGAGCUAUCGAGGAACUUUGACACAGAGAUGGUGGGAUGAGAGAGAAAGAAGGUGGAAGGUCUCCUGGGAAGUGCCACACACAAAGUGUGACAUUUAUGGCAAGUGUGGAGCAUUCGGAAGCUGUAACAUGAAGAAUUCUCCAAUUUGUCGGUGCUUGAAAGGAUUCAAACCAAGAAAUGAGUUGGAAUGGAGUAAAGGAAACUGGAAAAACGGGUGCAUGAGAAGAACAGCAUUGCAAUGUGGAAGAGAAAGUGGGAAAGAAGAUGGUUUUUUCAGGGUUAACGCAGUUAAGGUGCCUGACAAUGCUAACUGGUUAAUUGGAUUGGAUGAAAGUGAAUGCAGAAACCAGUGCUUGAAGAAUUGCUCAUGUCUAGCUUAUGUCUUAGAUAUAAGUGUUGGAUGUAUGUCAUGGGACAAAGAUUUGAUUGACACAGAGGAGUUGGUCGCAGGUGGGGUGAAUCUUCACCUAAAGCUGGCACAUUCUGAACUAGGAAAUAGCAGUGAAAAAGUAGCAGGUAUUGCAGCAAUAGGGAGCUUACUUGGAGCAGCUACAGUGGUAACACUUAUAUUCAUUCUGUGGAGAUGCCAAGUCCAAAAAAAACAAGGAAAUAAAAUUCAGAGGAAAAAGACAGUGUCAGACGUUCUUGGAAUAGAAGAAAACCAAGAUCAAAUCGAAGAGGUUCCACUGUUCGAAUUCGAAAGGGUGGUGACAAUAACAAACAACUUCCACGACUCUAAUAAGCUUGGACGAGGGGGAUUUGGUCUAGUUUACAGGGGAAAAUUAGAAGACGGACAAGAGGUUGCUGUCAAGAGACUUUCAAGAGCCUCGGGACAAGGAGUAGAAGAGUUUAUGAAUGAGGUGCUGGUUAUAUCUAAACUUCAGCACCGAAAUCUUGUCAGAUUACUGGGUUGCUGUGUUGAAGGAGAAGAAAAGAUGUUAAUAUACGAGUACAUGCCAAACAAAAGCUUGGAUUCCCUUCUCUUUGACCCGAUGAAGCAAGAACUACUAACCUGGAAGAAACGUUACGACAUCAUUCAUGGGAUAUGUCAAGGACUCCUGUACCUUCACAGAGAUUCUAGAUUAAAGAUCAUUCAUAGAGACCUCAAAGCAAGCAACAUUUUGUUGGACGAAAACCUGAAUCCAAAAAUUUCGGACUUUGGCAUGGCCAGAAUCUUUGAGGGAAAACAAGAUCAAGAUGACACCAGAAGGGUUGUUGGAACAUAUGGUUAUAUGUCUCCGGAGUAUGCAAUGGAAGGGCGGUUCUCUGAGAAGUCAGACGUUUUCAGCUUUGGAGUCUUGUUACUGGAAAUUUUGAGUGGAAAAAGGAAUAGUGAAUUCUGGUUCGAGGAGAAGUCCUUAAGCCUACUAGGAUAUGCACAUAAACUAUGGAGGGAGAACAAUGUCAUUUCGUUCAUUGAUCAAGCCAUUGCUGAAAGUGAAGCAUGCUUCUUGGGAGAGAUUCAGAAAUGCAUGCAGGUCGGCCUAUUAUGUGUGGAAGAAUCUGCUCAAGAUAGGCCAAACAUUUCUACCGUUAUCUCAAUGCUUCGUAGUGAGUUAGCAAAUCUUCCACGUCCAAAGCAACCUGGCUUCACUCACAGUCAAAAAUCUAAGGAUGUUGGUUCAUCCUCCGAACAGAGCCAACAAAGUCUCUCUGCAUAUCAGGCUUCUGUUACAUUUCACAGAACAUCAAGAUCUAGAUGGUCGACUUUUGAUCCAAGAUCGAGGGCACUUGCCAAUUUUAGGGAUUUCAACAUCCUAAUUCCACCAAUCUUUAAAAUUCAAGCAAUGACUGCUCUUUGUGCAGUAAUUUUCCUUUUUUGCUUCAUACAAAGAUCUGUCUCAGCAACAAACACCCUCAAUGCCACAAAGUUUCUAAAAGACCCUGAAACUAUAGUCUCUGAGAACAACAUUUUCACACUAGGAUUCUUCAGCCCCCCUAAUUCCACCAAACGUUAUGUGGGCAUCUGGUACAGUAAGCCCUCUGUAAGAGAUGUCAUCUGGGUAGCAAACAGGAAUAACCCACUCAAUGAUUCUUCUGGGGUUAUGAAGAUAUCAAAGGAUGGAAAUCUCCAAGUGCAGAACAGUAAAAAGGAAAUCCUUUGGUCCUCUAAUGUAUCAAGCUUUUCAGCUGACUUCUUAGCUGCCCAGCUUCUAGAUUCUGGCAACCUUGUUCUGCAAAGCAGCGAGGAGAUUGUAUGGCAGAGUUUUGAUCACCCAACAGACUCUUUCUUACCAAACAUGAAACUCACUAUCACAAAAUCUGGUUUCGAAAAGAAACCGUUACAGUCCUGGAAAAGCCCGUCAGAUCCAUCUGCUGGGCAAUUCACAGCAGGACUUGAUACUUUUACUCUACCCCAGCUUGUUGUCUGGGAUGGGAAUCGCACACGCUGGAGAAGUGGUCCAUGGAAUGGAAAUAUCCUUAUUGGAGUACACUUUGAUUUCAAGGACUUCAUUAAUGCUCAGCUUGUGAUUUCUAGUCACAAAGAGGGGACUGUCACUGCGACAUACUUUUAUCCAAACGUGUCUCUACUAUCAACCUAUAUGUUGACCAUAGAUGGAAAUUUGACACAAAUAUGGUGGAAUGAAAUAGAAAGGAAAUGGGAAGUUGAAUGGCAGGCUCCUUCAACAGAGUGUGAUAUUUACGGAAAGUGUGGAGCAUUCGGAACCUGCAACCCACGAAGACCAAUAAUUUGCCAGUGUUUGAAGGGGUUUGAGCCGAGGAAUAAAGCAGAAUGGAUCAAAGGGAAGUGGAGUGAUGGAUGCUUGAGGAAAACUACGUUGCAGUGCGAGACAGGAAAAGGUAAAGAAGAUGGAUUCUUAAAGCUGAAGAUGAUGAAAGUACCAGAAAAAGCUGAGUGGAGGCUAGGAUUGAAUCAAGAUGCAUGCAGAAUUCAGUGCUUGAACAACUGUUCUUGUUUAGCGUAUGCAUAUGAUGCUGGAGUUGGUUGUAUGACAUGGAGUACAAAACUGGUUGACAUACAAGAAUUUUCAGUGGGUGGAGUGGAUCUCUACCUUCGUCUAGCACAUUCAGAGCUUGGUACCAAUAAUAAGAAGAAAGUGAUUGCAGCAGUGAUGGGAAGCUUUCUAGGAAUGGUAGUUAUUUCUGUCCUUUUACGCUUUUGGCGGAAGCAACGGGUAAAUCAACAAGAUGACAAGAAGAAAAUGAAGGGGGGCAGUUACACGAUUAGUGACAAGAAGAGCAUUGUGAACUUCGAAGAGCUUCCCCUGUUCGAAUUUCAGACGCUUGCAGCAGCAACAAACAAUUUCAAUGAAAGCAACAAGCUAGGACAAGGUGGUUUUGGAUCAGUAUAUAAGGGAAAGCUACAGGAUGGACGAGAAAUAGCUGUUAAACGACUUUCAAGAGCCUCUACACAAGGCCUAGAAGAGUUUAUGAAUGAGGUGAAGGUCAUUUCUAAGCUGCAGCACCGUAAUCUGGUCAGACUUUUAGGCUGUUCUGUUGAAGGUCAAGAAAAAAUGUUAGUUUAUGAAUACAUGCCAAACAAAAGCUUGGAUGUGUUUCUGUUUGGAAAACAAAAGGAGCUAGACUGGAACACAAGAUUCAACAUUAUUGAAGGGAUAUGCAGAGGCCUCCAAUACCUUCACAGAGAUUCAAGGUUAAGGAUCAUCCAUAGAGAUUUAAAGGCGAGUAACAUUUUGCUGGACGAAGAACUCAAUCCAAAAAUUUCAGACUUUGGAAUGGCAAGGAUUUUUGGGGGUGACCAAGAUGAAGCGGACACUCGAAGAGUAGUUGGGACAUACGGUUAUAUGUCCCCCGAGUAUGCAAUGGAAGGGCUAUUCUCUGAAAAAUCUGAUGUAUUUAGCUUUGGAGUUUUAUUGCUGGAGAUUCUGAGUGGGAAAAGAAACAGUAUCUUCUCAGAUGAUGAGCAGUCUUUGAGCCUUUUAGAAUAUGCAUGGAAGUUGUGGAACAAGAAGAACAUUAUGCCAUUCAUUGGCUCAGCAAUUUCGGAACCUCAACCUGAAAAGGAUAUUAUGAGGUGUGUGCACGUUGGACUGUUGUGCGUGCAAGAAAUUGCAAAGGACAGACCAAGUGUACCUAUAGUCAUCUCUAUGCUAAACGGGGAGAUUUCAGAUCUUCCGUAUCCAAAGAGACCAGGAUAUGCUCAUAUUACUCAAAACAUCACCUCCUCUCAACAGAACUCUACCGUAAAUUAUAUAUCUAUUACAGAGAUAAGCGGCCGAUAAGUGAGAAUUGUAAAAUAAAGACAUUUGCACUGGCUAACUUAUUUUCGAUAGAUCCUGUAUUGCCAUAGUUAUAUAAAUGUUGCUUUUAAUCUUAGACUUGUGAAUUGUUAAACUAAUAAC